AUGUCAAAUCAUAUUCGUAUAAAUCUCGAAUCGAUAUUAAAAACUUCAUCUAUAAUUAAUGAUUUAAUUAAUUUAAAUUUUAUAAAUCAAUAUAAAUUCUUUUCACAAAAAAUAUCUAUUGCACAACUAAAUGAUAUGUUAUUUUUUGCAUAUGAAAAUACUAUUAAACUUAAUUUAUUAACAAAACGUUUAAUUGAAUGUGUAUUACCAAUAAAUAAUAGUUUUCAUUCAAAUUUAUUUAUUGAACUUAUUGAUUUAUUUGUUCUUCAUCAACAAAAAUAUUAUGAUCAAGCAACAAAAAUUCCUAAUGAAAUAUUAUAA